GCACUUAGCUCUAUUUAGAAUUAGAACGACGUAAAAGUAUCAUAAAAGAGUGAUAGUGAGUGCCGCAGGGUAAAGUUAUAGAGUGCUCCAUUUCUGGUCUAUGAAAAUUAUGGCAUAUGUAAAGUAGCUAAAUCUGAAUCCAUACUGUUCAGAAUUUGUUACGACAUAAUUAGCUUUAUCCUUAGUGUUUUAAUGGUUGUAUAGAAAAAAUGGUAUACAAAUAAAUAUGUAUAGCAGACAUCAGGAUAGUUUAUGUAGCAGUGGGAGAUAAAUAUUUGUCAGCAAAUAAGCUGACAAUUCCAAUGGAUGAAGAUGUAUGAAGAAAAUUUAAAAUCGAGGUUAUGAUAUAUAAAUAAUUUAUUACGUCCUCCACGUGCCAAUAAUGAGCUGAUUACCUAAGCUAACUAAUCCUAAAUCGUAUGUAUAUCCAGGUUCGGUUUAAAUAACGUUUUCAGCGACUUGGGCAAGUAUUUGGAGAUAUAUUAGGCAACUCCUCAAACCUAAAUAGCAAUUAGCCAUUUUUUUCGCAAACAAUCCCUAACCUUGUAAAACUAAUUCAAGAAAAAAUUGCAAACUUUGCUCGUCCGGGUGGUUGCGUCGGGGUAUUAGGGUACAGAGGUCGACGCCGACAAAUUUUCGGCGGCUGCGGCGCCAAUUUUCGGGGAUUUUUCGGCGGCGCGGCAAUGUUGAAGGACUAGGAGAUCACAUUUUUUGGCGGCGGCGGCGCCUACCUAAUAAUAAUACUACCUAAUACUACUACGCCUAAUACUACCAGCGUUCGGCGGCGCGGAGGCGUUAGAUCGGCGGCGUCGACCUCUGUUAGGGUAAAUAUUUGUUGGGGGCCGUGUAUUUAUGAUCUCAUGAAAAAGGCCGAGUUUUGAACCACACAUCCUACAUAUUGAUCGUCACAUACGAGGAUCUCAAUCACUCGCCCACUAUUUUACUGAUAUAAUGGAUGGAUACUCCCUCAGGUAAAUUUUGAUAAAUACCCUCAAUAAUUAGGUAUCUAAAUAUAUCGUGAUAUCUUUGACUUACUAAAUUUCAAGGUAAUCUUAUCCGUGGCUAAGGACUUAUGUAUUCAUUCUUAUAUUUAUAUGAAUAAUUAUUAGUUGGAGAAAAAAAUAUUGGUGUAUGUCCCACCGAUAAAUGUUCACGACCAAGUUUAAAUAUUUAGGUUAAAGUCAAACCAUGUUUCGAAAGGUUGCUAAUUUCAUUUGUCAUAAAUUCGGUGGACUGACUAAUCCUAAACUUCAAAGAAUUAAGAAUCAAUAUUAAGCAUAAAACGUAUGAAUUUGUGGGACUAAAUGUCAAGCUAUUUUUUAUAAACAACUUAUUUAUUAAUCUGCCAUAUCUCCCGACAAAACCUAGAAAAAGGUUUGGGCUUCGCCAAAUAUUUUUUAGUUUUGCGAAAUACAUCGCAAAUAUCUUGCUUACUUGUUUCACAAUCUGGUACAGAUACGUAAUUUUGCUUAAACAUGAUCACAAACAUUGCCAUCAAACUAUUCGCGUUGCGAAUCCGUUUCGCUGAAAUCUUCUUCUCGAGCCCGAUUGGUUGGAAUUUUAAGAAAAAUCGGCUCCAAAGGUCAGAUAAAUUGCGCCUAUUUGGGGCCUACUUUUGGGCCGUGGUUCUCGCAAUUUACACUCUGCUCGAGAUUUCGCUCCUUCUGCCAAAAUUGAGAACGUCAAAGGGAUCAAAUCGAAACAUUUUGUUUCUACUGGUCGACAUAUUGCAUUCUGGGAUUAAUCAGAUCAGCACAAUUAUCUCGUUUCUUCUCAUCUUUAAGAGGGACGCGAUGAUUGCUUGGUUCAAUGGGAUGCUGGAUUUGGACGCAGUAUUGCAGAGACGCCUAGCUCACUGCAUUCCAACCUCUCACAAACUUAUAAAAGCCAACAAAAUUUGGCACAUAGUCGUCCCUGUGGCCUGGAAUUGGUCCAUGUUUACCGGAAUGUUGCCUGGUUUCGGGCUCCUCCUUUUUGAAGAGAUCGAACCCACGUACCGCUUUUUAGAAGCAUUGUUCGGAAUCAAGCCAAAAAUAGAGCUAAAAUUUCUCCCGUUAUGGCUAACUUUUAUGUUAUUUUUGUUAAACGUCCUCACUCCCCUGAGCACAAUAAUCUUGACACUUUUCAUCUAUUUGUUGUCCUCGUACGUCUGGUUGGUCAUGAUUACACCGACCGACCGACAAUUAAUUGCAAAAAAUGGUAACGGUACGAUUGUGGAUGCAAAAGAAACGUUUGGGGAUUUACAAAUUUUGCAAAAAAUAAGAAACGGACGGAUUAAUUUGACCGAGUUUGAAUUAAACACCCCGCUCGGCCAGGUACCGUGGUCACGGCUGAUCUCGUACUACAGGUGUCAACAAGUCUUAAACACGAUGGUGAACGGGAUGGUGCAAAACGUCUGGAUGGGGAGUCACCUCGGUUAUAUUCUUAUGAUAUUGACGUCAUCGCUUUAUUUAAGUAUAAGGCACUCCGGGAGUAUCGCAUUCCCCAGUUUUCUCGUCUGUCCAACCCUCGUCAUCGCCGUGGUAAUCCUGCUCGUCGUGGAGUGUACAAUUGUAGGAAAUUUGUACGAGGUUUCUGUAUCGUUUACGAAGAAAUUGAGCCGUUCCAGGAGCGGGAAGAGCGCUGGUGCAUUCCGUAAAAUUUGUAAAUCCCUUCGACCGAUUAAACUGGAAUUGGCGAGUCCCUUCUUUUUCGUAGAUAGAGGCCUGAUUUUCACAUCCUUGGAUAAAGUAUUGAAUUUUGUCAUUGAAUUGUUAUGUAUUCAUCAGUAAAGCCUACUACUCAGGUGGGAAUUUUCAUUUUCUCACUCGAAAUGGGGUGUUCGCGUUGCAUAAAUUUUCGCCUUCAUUAAAAUUAGUCCGAUUUCGCUGGAAACUCCAGUAUAAAUAUAAUUAGAUAAAUAAAUUAAAGUGUUUAUAAAUAUAACAUAUUUUACUUCAUUCAUUUUCUCGUAUUUUUGCAUAAGUUUUUUACUUGAAAAAUCCCUCCUGAGUGGAUACUAGGCUUAAGAAAUAAAUUUGUAGUAAUUUACUCAAAUUUAGAAAUCUUUUCGUUUCGGAAUGAAAGUAAGGUAUGAAUUGUUGCAUGGAAAAUAGCAAAAAAUACUAAUGUGUGCAGAAAUUCGAGGAGAAGACAAUGUCAGAAAUUAUGUAUUAAAUUGUCCCAUGCCAUUCAUGAAUAAUUUAUGUGUUUCACUCCUGCGUUGAACAAGUUUAAAGAAAACUUAUUUGUAAUUAGUUUUACUUUAGUUUGAAAGUUAUUUUUCUGUGUUUUAGUCUAAUGGAUAAAUACUUUUUGUCUGACAAAUGCAUACAUAACCUGAGAAAUUUAUCAGUAAACUUGGGUUAGAUGUUGACCCAAAUUGUGCAAAACAAAGCUGAAACAGUAAGCCUGUAAGUACUUAUUUUGGGUGGGAGCUUUCCAGGAAAAACUAAAAGUUGCAAAGGGAAAGUCUGUUUAAGUUUAGGAGGAAAUUAUACAUGCAAAUAGCAAAGUGAACCUAUGCAGAUAAUUUUUUAAGUUCACUAUUCUAAAUUUAGAAAAUCACAGGAAUAACCAUUUAAGGUAUGGUUUAUUAGUCGUGAGACGAUUUGAAAGUCGGCGUGUUUCAAACCGGGAAGAUAGAAUGUCAAGAAAAUUAUUGAUAAUUUUCAUAAAUACGAAUAUCUUGCAAGCGUAGUUCUAACCUUAUUUGGUUAAUUAAUAAAUUUCAAAGUAAGA